CGCCACAUUCAGUUGCUUCCGGAACAUACACUCUUCAGUUCGAGGAGGUGUAAUCGGUAGCGAUCCGAUUGUUUCCUCGUUGACUAUUUUAAGUGUCCAACCAUGGAUGAGGAAGAUGCUGUAGUCCAACACAGGCCCCUGAAAAGGAUGUCAACCAUUGCCUAUCGUGGUUACAAGAGGGAGCCCAGUAAAAGGGUGUUUGUCAACAGAAGUCUGAUGCUGGAGAGAGUUAAGUUUUACGGAUUCGACAUGGACUACACACUCGCAAUGUACAAAUCUCCGGAGUAUGAAACCCUUGGAUUUGAUCUCAUCCGGGAUGCCAUCGUCACCAUAGGAUAUCCAGAUGCCAUUAAAGAAUUCAAAUAUGAUCCUACCUUUCCUAUUAGAGGACUGUGGUUUGAUAUGGAAUAUGGAAACAUAAUAAAAGCAGAUCCGUACGGCAACAUCCUAGUAUGUGUCCACGGCUUCAAGUUUCUGAAAAUGCAUGACCUACAUAAGAUCUAUCCAAAUCGAUUUGUUCAGAGGGAUGAGCAGCGGUUUCGAAUCUUCAACACUCUCUACGACCUUCCAAUCAUUUACCUUCUCGCUUGUCUGGUAGAUUUCUUCACCAACCACUCUGACUACACAAAAGUAUGCAAUGCACAAUCAAGUAUGGACAACGGAGUAAGAAGUGGAGACAUUACGAUGACAUGGCACUCCAUCUACCAGGACGUUAUGUCAGCUGUUGGCAUUGUCCAUGAUAAAAAUGGGCCAUUAAAAGGUGAAACUGUGAAGAGCCUGGAGAAAUAUGUCAUAAAAGAUGAGAGGCUGCCUAUCCUCCUGGACAGAAUGAGAGCACAUGGAUCUAAAGUUUUUCUGGCGACAAACAGUGGCUAUCAGUACACGAAUAGAGUGAUGUCCUACAUGUUGAAUGAUGACCAGCGAGACUGGACAUCCUAUUUUGACUACAUUGUUGUGGAUGCCAAAAAGCCUUUAUUCUUCGAAGAAGGAACAAUUUUACGACAAGUCGACAAGGAGACGGGGGCCUUAAAGCUGGGGGCACACACUGGACCGAUUCAAUCAGGACAGAUCUACUCUGGAGGUUCCAUUAGCGUGUUCCACGAACUGAUGAAGAUUUACGACCAGGAAGUGCUAUAUGUGGGAGACCACAUCUUCGGGGACAUCUUGAAGACCAAAAAAGUGCGAGGUUGGCGUACGUUCCUAGUGGUGCCCGAGCUGGCUCAGGAACUUCUGGUCUGGACCAAGAAAAAGACCCUGUUCGAAAAGCUGGAAGACCUAGAUGUGCAGAUUGGUGAACUUUAUAGGCAUCUUGAUAGUGGAUGUGACAAUAAACCAAAUAUAGGCAACAUCAACAGAUUGAUUAAGGAAACAACACAUGAGAUGGACAUGGCAUACGGAAUCUUGGGAAGCGUCUUCCGGAGUGGUUCCAGACACACCUUCUUUGCCAGCCAGAUCCUGAGGUUUGCCGAUUUGUACGCUGCCUCCGUGGAUAAUCUCCUUCAUUAUCCGUUUUACUACGUCUUCAGGGCACCGAAUAUGCUGAUGCCCCAUGAGUCUACAGUGGACCAUGAAGAUAUACUGGAGACCGAAGCUGUUGGUUUGGCACCGCGAACUCGAGAAAUGAGCGAGGAUUCCCAAGAGGAUCGCCGAAAGCGCCUGGAGAGAACUCACAGCAUCAUUCCAAAUUUGUAUGCCCCAACACCUCGCCAGUUCACGCAGAUUUUGGACGACGACAGCCCCGAGAACACCGAGACGGAGUCGUCCAAUGCCAAGUAGAGGUCGCGCUUCAGCGGUGACUCAGAAGUAGCCUAAAGGCAUUAAAUUUUAUAAAUUGUUGUAUUAGUUGUUUUUUUUUUAAAGAAGUAAUAUUUUUUUCUCUAACACCCGGUUAUUGUACAGAUCAAAAACUUAUUGGUAUUCAAAUAUAACUACACAGCACUUUAUAAAUUUUAAGGAAUUUUCAUGGUAUUUUUCAUAGAAAAAAUAAUGUUUUGUUUGGUUGUUGAUUCAGUGAAAGUUAUUUAACUUUGUUUAUUGUUUAAAAUUCUCAUCUACCUCAGUUGGUUACUACAAAAUCAUCUGUCGAACUGCUGCCCCAGAAUUCCACACUUUUUUUCACUUUGUCCUAGAUAUUAACUUUUAUUUAUAUGUAGAUAUAUUUAUAUAUAUAUAUAUAUAUAUACACACACAGGAUUGCUUGAGCGAUUUCUCUGUACCACAAGUUUUUCACUUUUUCCUAGAUACUGACUUUUAUUUAUAUGUAGAUAUAUUUAUAUGUAUAUACAUUGGAUUGCUUGAGCACUCAAUACCACUAUAUAUAUUUAUUCUGCUUGUUUGCCAUUUGACCAAUACCACGUGCACAUAUCUAUUUUUUAUUGUGAUACACAAGUACUUAAAAACUGAGAUUUUCAAUAUAUGUAAAAUUAGUUUAUUUGACAUUGACUGGUGUUCAACCUUUGCAACAUGGUGGUUCAAUUGUUGUUUUCCGUUGGUAGAGCACCUGACUGAAGAUUCAGGGGGCCUGGGUUCGAAUCCAAGUCUGGUCUAUUGCUUUUUCUCCCAUCCUGUUACAUUUGGUGCCGUAGACCAGCCCCUGGAACUGACAGGUGAAAAUACCUGUCAGGGGAUAAAGAUCCUGGGUUGGUGUCUUCAAGUGUGAAAAUAUUUAAGGAAGGAGAAAUGUGGUAGUCAGCCGGGUUCGAUCGCUGGCCACCAGAUAGCUCAGUUGGUAGAGCACCUGACUGGAGAUUCAUGGGGCCUGGGUUCGAAUCCUGGUCUGGUCUGUUGCCUUUGCUCCCUGUCACAGCAUAAAUAUCACAGGAUUGAUCUCCUGUAGCAUGUUGCUAUCCUUGUUUUGAUUAUUUUUACACCAUGAUGAGUUAUAGAAGCCAUUUUUAUGAGUAUUUGUAUAGUUAAUUCUGAAGUUAUCGCUAUACUCAGAUCAUUGCCAUUUUCACUGUACUGCCACAUUUUUAUCAGGAACAUAUUUCCUAAGCGUCCAUGGUAGGGUGAUAAAUUGAUAUUCUACCAAAGGUGUCUAAUGGGAGAAGCAGUUAAAUAGAUAGCGGUGAAAUGCCAUACAGCACCCAGGCUAUUCUAAAGACUUAAAUAGAAGAGAGUUAUUUGAUAAGGAUUAAUUUGUUUUCUGUUCAUAAGAAAUUCUCAAUUUCAGUUACGCAUCCUCACAAAAAUGGAUCAUUUGAAUUUCAGACAAAACAGUUAAAUGGGGGUAUAUCCUUUGGAUUGUGCCAAAUAGGUUUGGAAAUUGCAUUGACUGCUCUGAACGUUAGAAAUAAUGAGGGGUUCACGAAGUAAUGAGACUUUUAUUUACAAGUCUGAAAUUUUAUCAUUUUAAAGACCAUUGAAAGAAAAAAUGAAAUAAUCAAAAUAAGGGUCUACAUAAAUCACAAAGGUGAUGUUUUUUAUUCAGUAGUGUGGAUGUAUUUUGUAAAAUAAAAUAUUUUACGUAAUAUGAUAAUUAAGCAUAUCAAAUGUAUGUUGAGGUGUUCAAUAAAUGAAUGGCAAACAAAUAUUAAAAAUGGACAAGUACACGGGAGGGUUAACCUAUUGAUAUGCUCUCAUUAUACUACUCUCAUUCGUUAUACUGCUACAUUUUCCAAUUUACGAAAGGCGGCGGUUUAUCGAGAAUUAAUUGUACUUCCUAUGGGAAUGUGAUGUUGGACCAAGCUCAUCAUUUCUAUCCAGGCUUGUUACACCUUGGUUUUUCUUCUUUUUUUUUCUUUUUUGUGAUUAUACUAAUUGAUUGUUUGAAAGAUGAACAGUUAUGAAUAUAUUCACAUGUAUAGAGCAAUUUUAAAAUACAGUGUUAUUUAGUUUAUUAAGAGGAGCUUUAUACACAACAAAUACAGAUGUCGGUCACAUGCAGUCGUCUUAUAAAUAUAUCAAAGAAUUGUGCUAUUUAGAAUCUAUUUGCCUAUAAAUAUUGUUAUUCACAUAUUUUUUAUGAGAAUUCCUUUGUAUUUACAGAUGAUAUAAAAAAGAAACUUGGUUACAUGUAUUACAAUAUUUUAUAUAGUAUAGUUUUGCAUUAUUUUCAGAAUUUUUUUAUAUUUAGGAUCUUCCAUUGUUAGUUUUCCUAUUAGCAUUUAUACUAACCACUUGAGGAAUUCGGCAUUUUCUCUUCUGUGAAGGAUCGUGGUGUUGUAACUGUUUUUUGCUGUCUCCCGAUGGAGUCGAUGCUUAGUCUGUCUGUCUGAGUGGACUCCCAAUUCACAAUAACUUUGUCUGUCUGUCUGAGUCGACUCCCAAUUCACAAUAAACCACCCUCCAGUGAGACAGGUUCUAGGAAAGUCUUUGUGUGUGAUACAAUGUAUAUGAUUGCUGCAUAUUAAUUAUGAUUCAUGUACAUAGCAUGAAAUUUACUUUGAAAACUCUAUAUAAGAGUGUUUAUAGAACAUACCAAAGAAGAAAGAGGAAGAAGCCAACAACAAAAAAAUAAGAAGAAGAAAAUGAAGAAGUAUUAUUUUCAAGAAAUAAUGACAAACUGAAUUUUUUGAAUUGAAUUGUGUUAUGAUCUACAAAAUGAUGAAUGCUUGAAUCGAACUUUUGUGGGGUUGAUUUAUUGUCUUUAUUUUUUUUUACAAUAUUAAAAGUAUAUAUUAAAAGGUGCAAUAGAAUAUUUUGACAUUUCAUAUUAUAUAUUUCCACACAAGAAUUCAUUAUGUCUGUUUUACUAAUUACUUUAUAUAUUUCCAAUUUUAAUGUUAAUGAUUCUUAGCAAAUAAAAUGAUUUAUUUCACUA